UAGAUCCAUCUCUCACAUACCUUCUGAUUAUUUUUCACAGAAAGGAUGAUGACCUCUCCGACUCUUCAACUACGUCUUGGUCGUUCCGUUAUCCCAACCCACUCUUUUUUUCAAUUAUUUUUUUAAUCAGUAACUAUGAUAUCGUUCUACCUCCUUUUGUUACUCCUUCAUAAAUCUCUUCAUCCAAUCGAUUUUCCAAUCAAUAUUUACAACCUCCACUGAAGAAGAUAAAGUGAAAGCUAUGAACUCUGUUAAGUCCACCGGAAAGGCUCCCGUCACGACCAGAAAGGCUCACGUCACCACCAUAAAGGCUUCCCGCUCCCGUCGCCAUGUACCUAAACUAAGCCUCAAGUACUUGGAGUACUUGUGCCGGCUAAGUGAUCUUGCUUCUGCUAUGUGAUUUUUGGUUUAGUUUUGUGUGAUCUUGCUCUGUUAUGUGAUGUUUGAUUUAGUUUCGUGUGAUCUUACUUUCUGUUAUGUGCUGUUUGAUUUAGUUUUGUGUGAUAUUUUGCUUAUGUUAUUGAUGUUUGGUUUGGUUUUGUCAUAUAACAUCUCUCUUUAUCUACAUGCUACAAGCUUUUGCUUUGAUACUUACAGUGUCAAAAAGAAAAGAUUGAGCUAACUUCAAGUAAUGCUAAGUUUUUCAACCUUUUUCUGGUUAAGAAUUUUGAGAUGCUAUGGUGUUUGUUUUGAAGGCGCAUGGGCUCUACCCCUAUCCAGAUCCUUACUACAGAAGCAUCUUUGCACAGCAAACCUAUCUUCUACAUCCAGAUCCUGGGGUUCAAAUGCAGUUAAUGGGAAUGCAUCAACAAGUGGUUCCAUUACAAUAUGAUGCAGUCGAGGAGCCUGUUUUUGUUAACGCAAAGCAAUACCACGGUAUACUCAGGCGUAGGCAAUCCAGGGCAGAACUUGAGGCUCGGAACAGAGACAUGAAGUCAAAGAAGCCAUAUAUGCAUGAAUCUUGGCAUUUGCAUGCGAUAAACCGGCUAAGAGGAUGUGGAGGCCGGUUUCUCAUUGCCAAGAAGAAGAAUGGAGGCCGUAAGGAGGAGGAGGAUACAACCUCUGAUGAGAACACUUCAGAAGCAAGUUCCAGCCUCAGAUCAGAGAAGUCAGCCAUCGCUCCUAAUGUAAAUGGUGUUUCCUCUGCCGCAGUUGGUCUUCACUCAAAGGAGUCACGUGGUACUGGACCUUUUGAUAAAUCACACAGCCUUUUUGAGCCAGAGUACGGUGAUGGCGGCUGUCACUUCCUUACUCAGUUAUGGAAUACAACAUUGGGGUUUUAGUCCGAGGGAAGAAGGUUAGAGAUGAGAACAAGUCAACAACUCUCUAUCACAGAGUGGUCAUCAAUGUAGAGCAAAUCAAGGCAACCUAGGCUUCACCUUGGAGCUUUGUCCCGGAAAAAUGUAUGUACCUCUUUGCUCUGAAGCUCUUAUCAUUUCUAAUCCAACUGAUUCCACAAGGAGAAUUGGAGUGUUACAAGCUUUGUAAGAAAUUUGGUUUAUUAUUGCUGUUAGGAAAUACAAGCAAAUAUAGUAAAAGUUUUUCAAUGUUUUUGUUAUCAAGUAUGUUAUUAAUUUUGUUUGAGGAUGGAAAACUUCCAAGUUUAGUUUCAUUGAAUUUAUUAUAUAAGUUGUUUUGUUUAA